GGGUCCGUUCAGUGUGGUGCGGAGAUGCAUCAACAGAGACACUGGACAACAGUUUGCAGUGAAGAUCGUGGAUGUGGCCAGCUUCACCUCCAGCCCGGGACUCAGUACAGAGGACCUGAAGCGAGAGGCCAGUAUCUGUCACAUGCUCAAACACCCACACAUCGUGGAGCUGCUGGAGACGUACAGCUCAGACGGCAUGCUCUACAUGGUCUUUGAGAUACUGUAAGCUCCUCACUGUGUCCUGCUGGCCUCCAAGGAGAACUCCGCUCCUGUGAAGCUGGGUGGUUUCGGCGUGGCGAUUCAGCUGGGCGAGUCGGGUCUGGUGGCUGGAGGGCGUGUGGGGACGCCGCACUUCAUGGCUCCAGAGGUGGUGAAGCGGGAGCCGUACGGGAAGCCGGUGGACGUGUGGGGCUGCGGGGUCAUUCUCUUCAUCCUGCUCAGCGGAUGCCUGCCCUUCUACGGCACCAAGGAGAGGCUGUUCGAGGCCAUCAUCAAGGGCAAAUACAAGGUAAGGAACCACCUUCAUUAACCACACAACACUGAGAGAGACCGCUACUCCUACAAGAUCCACCUGCCGGAGACGGUAGAGCAGCUGCGCAAGUUCAACGCUCGCAGGAAACUGAAGGGCGCUGUCCUCGCUGCUGUCUCGAGCCACAAGUUUAACUCGUUUUACGGGGACCCCCCAGAGGAUCUGCAUGACUUCUCCGAGGACCCCACAUCUUCAGCUCUCCUCCAGACUCAUGAUGUCGUGGCUCAUGAGGUGUACAGUGAUGACGCUCUGCGCGUGACUCCUCCCCCCACCUCGCCGUACCUGAACGGAGACUCACCUGAGAGUGUGAACGGAGACCUGGACCUGGAGAACGUGACGCGUGUGCGGCUGGUGCAGUUCCAGAAGAACACAGACGAGCCCAUGGGCAUCACUCUGAAGAUGAACGAUCUGAAUCACUGCAUCGUGGCCAGGAUCAUGCACGGCGGGAUGAUCCACAGACAGGGAACGCUGCACGUUGGAGACGAGAUCCGGGAAAUCAAUGGCAUCAGCGUGGCCAAUCAGACGGUGGAGCAGCUGCAGAAGAUGCUGCGGGAGAUGCGUGGCAGCAUCACCUUCAAAAUCGUGCCCAGUUACCGCAGCCAGUCUCUGUCCUGUGACAAAGAGUCUCCAGAUCUGUCCAGACAGUCUCCAGCUAACGGACACUCCAGCGUCACCAGCUCCAUCCUGGAUCUGCCCUCCACCAUCCAGCCCAAAGGAAGACAGAUUUACGUACGGGCGCAGUUCGAGUACGACCCGGCGAAAGACGAACUGAUCCCCUGUAAGGAGGCGGGCAUCCGGUUCCGCGUGGGCGACAUCAUCCAGAUCAUCAGCAAAGACGACCACAACUGGUGGCAGGGCAAGCUGGAGAACACCAAGAACGGCACCGCGGGCCUCAUCCCCUCACCUGAGCUGCAGGAGUGGCGUGUGGCGUGUAUCGCGAUGGAGAAGACCAAGCAGGAGCAGCAGGCCAGCUGUACAUGGUUCGGCAAGAAGAAGAAACAGUACAAAGACAAGUACUUAGCCAAACACAACGCAGAUCUGGUGACGUAUGAGGAGGUGGUGAAGCUGCCGGCGUUCAAGAGGAAAACACUGGUGCUGCUGGGUGCGCACGGCGUUGGUCGGAGGCACAUUAAGAACACACUCAUCGCCAAACACCCUGACAAGUUCGCGUACCCCAUCCCACACACGACCAGACCGCCCAAGAAGGACGAGGAGAACGGGAAGAACUACUUCUUCGUUUCGCACGACCAGAUGAUGCAGGACAUCUCCAACAACGAGUACCUGGAGUACGGCAGCCACGAGGACGCCAUGUACGGCACGCGGCUGGAGACAAUCCGCAAAAUCCACGAGCUCAACAUGGUGGCCAUCCUGGACGUGGAGCCGCAGGCGCUGAAGGUGUUGCGGACGGCUGAGUUCUCUCCAUAUGUGGUCUUCAUCGCAGCUCCGACCAUCACUCCUGCUAUGACUGAGGACGAGUCUCUCCAGCGGCUGCAGAAGGAGUCGGAGGCGCUCCAGCACUCGUACGCUCAUUACUUUGACCAGACGAUCAUCAAUAACGAGAUCGACGACACCAUCCGCCUGCUGGAGGAGGCAGUGGAGCUGGUGUGCAGCACCGCGCAGUGGGUGCCCGUGUCCUGGGUGUACUAA